AUGUCGGCGGCUAUAGCCACCGCGCCGGUGUUUUCCUACUCCAGCAUCUCCAUCACGCCCUGUGUAUCCUCUCCUACUAACACUACACGAACUAGGCAGAAACAUGGACCAGCGGAGGGUGACCUCAAUCCCAGCUUUGGGAGCGCGGGUACCACCACCACCACCACUACUUCUAUUACAACAAUGACGAUGACACCUAGCGCCACAGCAUCAACUGGAUCCGAUCCUACACAGACCACAAAUCUAUCUGUGACUAUCUUCACUUCGUCCAGCGCGACAAAAGAAUCUCUCACCUCUACGACAUCCGAGAUUUCAAGCACUACCAGCGUAUCACCUUCGAGUUUGCCAGAAAGCUUUGCGAUACAAUUGCAGGCUAGCGCUUCACCCGCCAAUAGUACAGGUUUUAGUACCAGCCCAUCUCAGCAGAUUGCCCCGAUAACAAUAUCCUUAUCCUCGACCGUCACACCUCCAAUCCUGCCAACCUCGGUGAGCACGACUUUGAAAACCUCAUCAAUGCCCGUGACUCCUCAAGCCCUCACUCCAAGUGUGAGCAGCGUCCCAAGAACCACCUUCUUUCCGAUCUCCACCUCUACAAUGGAACCUACACCACCAGCAUCCUUAUUCUCAAACAAUUCGACUAUUUCCCCGUUCAUCCCGGAUCCUGAGAAGCAUGGCGCAGGCACAAGACGUAUUUUGAUGAUCGCAGUACCCACGGGCAUCGGAACAGCAGCUUUGAUAGUCUGCCUUUGGUGGCUUUGGAGCCGCUUCUGUCCUGCUUCAUACAACAAAUUCUUCGAUCUUUUCCCCUCGUUUGGCUUUCUGACAACCAAACCCAAGAAAAAAGCCGCACAGCCUGGUCUAUUGACAGGCGUCAGAGACGGCGCCCCCGGCGAUACCUAUGCUCGUCACCUGCGACAAUACGAAGAGGAAGCGGUUCGUGUUCGUGAAAAGUACAGCUUCGACACUCCAUCUACACCCCGAACAGGAAAUAGCAUCAGUGCUACUCGAGCAGGAAGUCCCUGGUGGAAGCCCAAAAUAGUGAUUCCCUCUAGCCACGACAUCUCUCCGGGUACAGGCAACAAUCCACGCAGGUACGGCCCGUUUCGACGAAACUUCAAUGAGAAAACAGGCAGUCUGGAGAGUUGGGAGGAGAAGUGGUUCGCCUUGGGUAGUGAUGUGGAUGUCAGUGCACCGUCGAGACCGAUGAUGAAGACCAAAGAUCAAACCAUGAACAAUGGAAAAGACAUGGACCAGUCCCUUGGAACUGUUAUAGGACCGGGUCAAUCAUGGCGAAAACUGAUCUGA